AAACUUCCUGCAGGGAGCAAAGGGCAGCGGGACCGUGUCCGUGCCCGACCACCACCUCCCGGGGAGGUUUGGACAGCAAACCGACUGCUAACGGCGACCGUGGGGAGGAGGAGGAGGGCAAGCCUGGGCUGAAGGAGGCGAUGGCAGCCACCACGGUGACCGACUCUGGGGGCGUGAGGAUCAUCACAGAGGUCAUCCCGGCCACAGACCCCCGAGCAGCCCAGCUGGCCUCCAGCUCCAGGCCGUCCGCGCCCGCGUUGUCAUUUCAAGCCAGAGGCUUCAGAAGGGCUCAGCCCAAGGCGCUGGGGACCAUCCACAUCUUCACUGGGAUCAUCCACAUCUGCUUUGGGAUCAUCCUGAUGGUGGCAGAGCACAGGACCCCUUCCCUCCCUGUGGCCAGCGGGGUCCUCUUCUGGCUCGGGUUCCUGCUCCUGAUCUCAGGUUCUCUGCUUGUGGAAAGCGAAAAAAGAGAUAACAUCUUGCUGGUGAAGACCUGCUGCGUCGUCAACGUCGGGGUCAUCCUGAGCACGCUGGUGGCCACUCUUAUCCACACAGUGGCCAUCACUAACGACAUCCCCAGCUGCAAGAUCAACCUACCGUACCAGCUGAAAGCCGAGUGGUGCUUCAAUGCUGAGAAUAAGAUGCUGAGCAAUGGGCUGGAUUCUAUCUUCGUCAUUUUCUGCCUCCUGGAGUUCUGUGUCGCAGUGGCGGCCCUGGCCUUUGGCUACCAUGCUGUCAAGCUGCACAGCUACACGCGCAUGGUGCUGUAGCCAUGGCCAAGCCCACAGCCAUACCCUGUUAAGAACCACUGCAUGCCCCAGCCCCGCUGCAGUCGAGGUGCCGGAGCCACCGGGCGAAGCCUCCUUGGUGCCUGACAGUGGAGCUGGCCGGAGCCCGCGACCCCUCUGUGCCCCGGUCCCGGGAUGGAGGCCGCUCCCCUCUGUGGGUUUGGCCCCCAAUAAAGGUCUCUCGCCCCA